CAGUUAAACAGUGCAAUGCGUUUGAAAAUAAUUUUGUCAAUUUUCAUUUAUUUAUUAUAUUCGAACGGAGUUUUGUGUCAGAAUGAGGUUUUACGGUGUGAUUUUAUAUGUUGGGUACCAACAGCAUGCAAUGGAAAUUUAACAAUUUUUAAUCCAAAUGGAUUAAACAACUUUACAGAAAUUACUGGACCAACUCGACAGGAUGAUCUUUUAACAGAACUUUAUUCAGUCUCAGGAUCGUAUUCCGUAAAUGUUCCACAGUUGAUUUGCGAGACAUUCAAGAAACUUUCUAAAAUUGGCUUAGCUCAGAUGAGUCUUGAAAGAAUUGACGACUAUUCAUUUAGGAGCUGUAAGGAACUGACUUUUAUAUUUUUGUGGGGGAAUAACAUUUCAUAUAUUGAUGAAAAUGCAUUUUCUGAAAAUCCUAAGCUUAUUCAAUUAGCUUUAUAUGAAAAUAAACUUAAAACCUUGCCAGAGAAUUUAUUCUUAAAUCAACAGAAGUUAGAAUCAUUGUCAUUGGAAAAUAAUCCAUUUACUGACAUCCCAAAAUAUCUCUUCAAAUCAUUGAUUAACUUAGAAGUUCUUUAUCUCAAAAAUGAUCAAAUAAUUGAUGUUAAACCUGAAUGGUUCGAGACUCUAGGAUUAUUAAGAUAUUUGGAUUUAUCUUAUGAAUCAAAUCGAAUUGAGAAUUUACCGAGUAAGGUAUUUGAACCUUUAAAGAGCGUCACAUUUAUUGGGUUAAGAGACAACAAGCUAACAGUCAUUCAUGCCGAUUCGUUUGGGAUUUUGAUAAGCGCACCCAAAAUUGACUUUUACAACAAUCAAAUCAAUGCGAUUGAUAUUCAAUUUAUAUUCAAUACUAAUGCAAGCGUAAUAUACAUGCAGAAAAAUGUAUGUGCGAAUGUUUCAAUCAGUGAUAGUUCGACAUCAAAGAAUCUUAUGAAGACUGGAUUUAGGAAAUGUUUUUAUAACUAUAAAGCUUUAGGACAAACUUCAACCAUCCCAACAACUGUAACUACCAUUUCUUCAACAACAUCCCGAUCUACAACAGUUAUUCCAUCAACUUCAACUUCAUCAAGCUGCUCUAGUGAUAAUUGGACAACAAGAAUUUGCACAAUUGAAGAUAAUAUUGAUGAAUUUGAAAACAACUUUGAAGAAUUCGGGGAAAAUAUUAUAAAUUUAUCAACAGAUCAGGAAAAGAUUAAAGUCAUUUUAAAGGAACAUCUCAACUUGAUUUUAGAGAAUCAAAAUAAAAUUGCCUCACUUGAAGCAAUAAUUGCUGGAUUGCAGGAAGAGUUGAGCAAUAAUAAAGGAACAAGCAAUUGAGUUUUGACUAGACAUUCCAAUCUAAUAGAAAUUUUAUAGAAUUUAAUUCAGAACUGUUGAUUUUGAAAAGCAUUUUGCUUUUAAUUCAAACCUUUUUUGCAUUUUUGCAUUUUUGUUAAUUUUGUAUCUUAAUAAAUAAUUUUUCCAGUAUUUCAAGUAUGUCUUUCUGGCACAAACAGUGCUAUUAUACGUUAGCUUAUCAUUGUCUGUUGACUUUCCAAUCAAAAUAAAAAGAAAUAUUG